CCUAUCCUUACCAGUUUUCAUAGGCUGUAGGACUUGGCUGCUCCCUCCUCGGUGUGAUAAUUGAACUGACUUUGUCAGAGCACAAACCUUAGCUGGGGACAGUUCUCACUGGCUUCCAGACUGUCAUCAAUUUCAGGAUGGACUCUCUCGUGGCAGCCAACACCAAAUUUUGCUUUGAUCUUUUCCAGGAGAUAAGCAAAGAUGAUCCUCAUAAAAACAUCUUCUUCUGUCCUCUAAGCCUCUCAGCUGCCCUUGGCAUGGUCCGCCUGGGGGCCAGAAGCGAGAGUGCACAGCAGAUCGACCAGGUACUACACUUCAAUGAAUUUUCCCAGAAUGAAAGAAAAGAACCUGAUCCCUGUCUGAAAAGCAAAAAACAGGAAGUGCAGGCUGACAGCCAUGUGGAGAAAGAAACAACGGAGCCUCUGACCCUGCAGGCCGAGUCUUCCAAUGAUGAGAGUGGACUGCUCAGUUGCUACUUCGGGAAACUUCUCUCCAAGAUAGACAGGAUCCGAGUUGAUUACACCCUAAGUAUUGCCAAUAGGCUUUACGGAGAGCAGGAAUUCCAGAUCUGUCCGGAAUACUUAGAUGGUGUGAUUCAAUUUUACCACACGACCAUUGAAAGUGUUGAUUUCCGGAAGGACUCCGAGAAGUCCAGACAACAGAUUAACUUUUGGGUUGAAUCUCAGUCCCAAGGUAAGAUCAAGGAACUCUUCAACAAGGAUGCAAUUGACAGUGCAACGGUGCUGGUGUUGGUGAAUGCUGUUUACUUCAAGGCCAAAUGGGAAAAAUAUUUUGACCCUAAAAACACAGUUGAUGCCCCUUUCUCUCUAAAUGAGAAUGAAAAGAGGACUGUGAAGAUGAUGAACCAAAAGGGCCUGUUUCGAAUCGGCUUCAUAGAGGAGUUGAAGGCACAGAUCCUUGAAAUGAGGUAUACCAAGGGGGCACUCAGCAUGUUCGUCCUGCUGCCUUCCUGCUCUGCAGAUAAUGUGAAGGGCCUGGAAGAGCUUGAAAGGAACAUCACUCAUGAAAAAAUAGUGACCUGGAGCAGCUCAGAGAAUAUGUCAGAAGAAACAGUAGAUGUCUCCUUCCCGCAGUUCACCCUGGAAGACAGCUAUGAUCUCAAUUCUAUUCUACAGGACAUGGGCAUCACGGAUAUCUUUGAGGAGGGGAAGGCUGAUCUUACUGGAAUCUCUCCAAGUCCCAAUUUGUACCUUUCAAAAGUUUUCCAUAAAACCUUUGUGGAGGUGAAUGAAAAUGGCACCCAGGCAGUUGCUGCCAGUGGGGCUGUUGGCACAGUAAGAUCCAUACCUUCCUGGGUGAUGUUUACUGCCGAUCACCCUUUUCUCUUUUUCAUCAGACACAACAAAACCCAAACUAUUCUAUUCUAUGGCAGGGUCUGCUCUCCCUGAAAGGAGCACACUGUCUAGUACCCGGGAGCUGGAAGAAAGUGGCAGAAUGGUCUCCUGCUGGCAUAACAUGGGAAUUUGUGUUCUUGCUGAUAUCUAAAGCUGACCGAAUUCUGUCACAGCCCCAUGCCCCCUUCCUCCUGCCACUGGCCUGAGCUUGUCCUGAUCCUUCUCUCACCCUGUAGCUGACUUUCAUCUACGUCCAUUAGUAUCAAAGUCUCUGGCUCCCUCCCUAACCUUUUACCACACUAAGCUUUCAAGCAUAUAAUUCACCCUCUGUGACCUUGAAGGUCAGUGUAAUGGAAUGUGUAAUGUACUGACUUUAAGUUCCCUACCUCCAUAUAAAGGAAUCCUGGAAGUUCAAGUCAUUAGACCACUUCUAGGGGAGGAUAAAUUCAGAAACCACUUUAACAUGGGCAACAGGAGGAAAUGUUUAAAUGGAAUGUGUUUUGGAAACUCAGCUCUACUUCUAUGGUAGUUAAAACCAGGGGUGACUGCUGGCUAAGACGCUCUGCCUCUUUCUCUCCCAUCUUCUUCUAUUGCAUGGAGGAUGCCCUGUAAGAUGCUUCUCACCUGAGGGAAAAUCUACCCACUAGGGGUGGAUUUAAGUGAGAGCUCAAGGUCGGAAGCCUGCCCUGACCAGCACUCGUUCUGCGGAGGUCAGGACAUGUUUUGCGAAUCUGACAUUGACCUAGGGGAGCGGCAGUGGAUUUAAAAAUUAGUCUCAGCUUUCCUUAUUGAGCCUCCUAAGCCAUCAUCAUGAAGCACGAUCCUCUGCGUCUUUUUUACCCCUUCCUCAGAGAAUUCGCCUCUGUAGUUACCCUUAAAUACCCAACAAGUUAGGUGGGGGAGGGGAGCGCUGCCCUCCCCCCCCCCCCCCUAGACUGCUGGCUCCCUAAUCACCUCUGUCAGGAAUCUGCCACAUGGACCUAUCUCCUCCUGGAGGCCUUAUGCCGGGUCACGUCCUGAGAGCUGGCCUGGGUCUGGGCAUGAUGCAUGUGGAAAUCUUUGUCAGGAAGGCCGUCUACUGAAAGCCAGAUACCUAAGUGUUUAAGACUCUAGAACUGGGACCUGCGUUCUCUGAUACGUCUGUCUGAAUUCUUGAUCUCUGCCUUAGCUGAACACUCUGGAAUGACUAUAUUACCAAUGCCUAACUCAAGGAUGUGGAGAAUCAUUCUGUCAAGGUGAAUUUCUGGUCUUAGCCGUGGCCCCGUUUCCCUGCCCUGCCCUGCCCUAUGAGCGUCCUCCUCCCAGUUGCCACUGUGUUGGUUAAGGGUGGCUGUGGCGGUAUUUGUUAGAGAAGGUAGGUUAAGUUCAGCUGGUUAAGUCAUGCUGGCCCCAGUCCCCCCGUUUGCCUCUAUAUUAAUGAUUUCUUUGUGCUGUGAAGGACAAGUUCCAUGUUCCCCAUACAGGCUUCUCAUUGUCAAAGGUUGUUUGUGGUAUAAAAAAUUUCUCAUUGAUAAUGUGAGGCAGCUUGAGGUGGCUCUUCCAAGUCCUUUCCACAGAAGGCAUGUCCCAUGGGCCAAAUUUAUGUCAGAUAAUAAAAUAUGUAGUCACUUCUGUGGUUCUUUUUGGGGCUAACAUUUUGAAGAUUCCAUGCCUGACCUGUCAUUGCUGUUGGAUACUGAACUCAAUAACUAUGACCUUUAUGAAGGUUUGGCAUUGUCCAGCAUUGCUAUGUUCUUAUUCUUUUCCUUGAUAAACACAUCUUCUCAUUGUAUUGGGCUCUCUCAGAAUUUUAAUCACAAAGGGAAAGUGUAUCUCCUUACAAAAAUGAGAGUGAGAGUGAGAUUCUGUGAACCAGUAAACUUACUAAUCUUCAGUUGAUUAAA